AUGGACGACAUCCUGACCACACAGUUUGAGCGGGUCGAGAAGGCACUGGGCACGUUGGUAGAUUCAAUCGCCGCUUACAAUCCAUCUCCGCAAGCUGCCAUUGACCUAGUAGCUGCCGAUGGCCAGCUGAGCCAAGGACUGGACCAACUCGCCAAACACCAGGCCAACCACGCGCGCAUUCACGCCCUGCGCACUGAAGCUGACGUCUUGCAAGAGCAGCUCAAGUCCUCGGUCGAGAAACUGGCUGCCCUGCGACAUGAGCUCUUUGAGACGCCGGCGACUACAUUUCCCGAAUCUUCGCGCGCAGUCCGGUUCGACGAGCUCCUCCAGUAUGCGAACCACAUCUCAAAACACACGGUCCCUCCAACCUACCGCGAGCGCGUCCCAGAAGCAAACAACGACAAGGACAAAGACAAGGAAGACGCAGGGUCAAGCGGAGCUCCCACAAACGGUGCGAACACGCCUGCACCAGAAGCACCCACAGACACUGCACAAGGACAGAAGCAAGGCGACAUGGCCGACGAUGCAGUACCUGACAUGACCACCGAGGAAGAAGAAUGGCUGAAAAAGCUCAAAGACAGCCAAAUGGCCUGGUAUCCCUGGCCCAGCAACGAAAAGAUUCGCGCAGGCAACCUCUACAAACUCCAAUACUACCGCGAAAAACAUCACAAUCUAGACGAGUUUGACAUCCCGGCCCACGAGGAAGCAGAGAGGGAGAAGAACAUGCCCCUCUUGGAGGACCCCUCAAAGUCGCCAGGCGAUGCAUUGCUUGCGCUGUCUGGACAGCAGCCCCCGCCUGGCCCCAGACUGCCGCGGCCAAAGCAGGAAGCUUUCACGCUCUUUGACGACAUGGAUGAAGAAUAG